ACCAAGAGAGGAAGAAGAAGAAGAAGAAGAAGUCUCUGAUGGAAAACCAUGCAGCGCUUUGAACCCAUGGAGACAUGGCACAUAGGCUCCUCUCAUCUGCGAACAGAUUCAGCGCCAGAUUCGCCUUCAUAUUCACUGUGUCCCUGUCCUGCACAUAUCUAUGCUACAGUAUUCUGUUUUGCCGCAGCACAAUCAUGACAAACCAGGGUUACGAGGGGAAGAGAUGCUCCCCCAGCAAGAACGCAGGAGGGAAGAAACUUCUGGGGAAAUUAGACAAUUGCGCAUCGCUGGAAGUCAGGUCGGCUCUGGAUGAGUCUGCUGCCCGGCCAGGAGCAAGCAAAGCCCCUGCCUCGUCUGGAAGCUAUAUACUGUCCGACAUGAAAUGGAAAAACAUGACUGUUGCGCAGAAAUAUGGGAAUAAGAAGCUGCCUAAUGCGUUGAUAGUCGGUGUGAAGAAAGGAGGCACCAGGGCAGUGCUGGAGUUCAUCCGGAUACAUCCAGAUGUACGCGCUCUUGGAACAGAGCCGCACUUUUUCGACAGAAACUAUGACAGAGGACUGGACUGGUACAGGGGACUAAUGCCUCGAACACUAGACAGCCAGAUCACAUUGGAGAAGACGCCCAGCUACUUUGUCACCAGAGAGGCACCCAGACGCAUCUCCAGCAUGUCCCAUGAGACCAAGCUGAUCGUAGUGGUGCGUAACCCAGUCACAAGAGCCAUCUCCGACUACACACAGACUCUGUCCAAGAAGCCCGACAUCCCCACGUUUGAAGAGCUGGCCUUUAAGAACAGAAGUCUGGGUCUGGUGGACACCUCCUGGAACGCCAUACGGAUCGGGAUGUACAUCCUGCACCUGGAGAACUGGCUGCAGUACUUCCGCCUGUCACAGAUGCACUUUGUGAGCGGGGAGCGGCUGAUCACGGACCCGGCAGGGGAAAUGGGCCGCGUUCAGGACUUUUUAGGACUGAAACGAAUAAUCACGGACAAGCACUUCUACUUUAAUCGAACCAAAGGCUUCCCCUGUCUGAAGAAGCCGGAGAGCAGCAGCCAGCCGCGCUGCCUCGGCAAAUCCAAGGGCAGGACUCACGUACAGAUCGAAGAGGAGGUCAUAGAGCAGCUGCAGGAGUUUUAUAGGCCAUUUAAUAUCAAAUUCUUUGAAACUGUGGGGCAAGACUUCAAGUGGGACUGA